GAAAUGGUGAAAUGACCCUCAGUCUUGGAUAAAUGCAAUCCAAAGAAGCGAGCCAGUUGUUUACAGACCGACACAUGUAAUAAGGCAUUACGCUACGCAGAAAUGGAUGCUACAACAAAACCUUUGAGAAUUCCUCCCGAAAUGUCUAUUUAUGCUGAAAAACACGAGAUAUUUGAUUUAGUGCAGUUGAUGGUGACAAAUCUAUUGGUUGACAAGCCAGAAGACCCCCUACAGUACUUGAUUGACUAUCUGAAGAGGGGCACCUUAGAUGUUCCCAGGGUAAUGUUGCUGGGCCCACCGGCUUCUGGGAAAAGAACCAUUGCCAAGCAGCUGUGUGAACACUCCCACGCUGUCCACGUCACUGCCAGCGGCGUCCUGAAGGGGGACACGGAGCUGGCCAGGAGGGCACAGCUGCACAGAGACCAGCAGCAGGAAGUCCCCAGUGAGCUGUGGAUCAGGCUGCUUCAGCAGCGUCUGUCACGGACGGACUGCGUCCAACAGGGAUGGGUGCUGGAGGGGAUCCCCCAAAAUCGGCAGGACGCACUGCUUCUGCAGGAGCUUGGCAUCGCCCCGGAUCACGUAGUAAUGCUGGAGGCACCCGAUGCAGUCCUGAUCCACAGAAGUCUUGGCAAGAGGGUAGACCCCGUCACGGGAGACGUGUACCACACCACGUUCCGGUGGCCGAGGGACGACCAGGUGGGCCGGCGUCUGGUGCGAGAGGAGGUCCUGUCGGAGGAGCAGGCAGCUGCUCGGUUGCUACGUUACCACCGGGAGUCGCCCGGCCUCCGCCGCGCCUACGAGGGCCGCCUGGAGCCCGUCAACGCCGACCAGCCGCAGGACGACGUGUUCGCGCAGGUGCUGAGCCAUGUGCUCCGUCGGCCCCGCUCUGUGGCCCCCCACACCCCCAGGGUCCUGCUGCUUGGGCCCCCGGCCAGCGGGAAGAGCCUGCUGGGGGAGAGAAUUGCUCAGAAGUACAACAUCGUCAACGUUUGCUGUGGGCAGCUUCUGAAGGCGGCAGCCGCAGACCAGAGUGAGACGGGAGAGCUCCUUAAACCCUACCUGGAGUCCAGACAGCCAGUACCUGACAGCAUGGUUCUCCAGAUUCUGACCCAGCGACUCAGCAGGCUGGACUGUACCACGCGCGGCUGGGUGCUCCACGGAUUCCCCCGUGACAUGGAACAGGCCAAGAAGCUCCAGGAGUCCAAGUUUAUCCCUACCAGGGUCUUCUUCCUGGAGAUGAUGGACGCCGUCUCAAUGGAGCGAGUCUCUCUGAGGGCCGUCGAUCCUGUCACCGGGGAAAGGUACCACUCCCUGUACAACCCAGCCCCCAGCCCGGAGGUGCAGGCCCGUCUCCAGCAGAACCCCCUGGACUCUGAGGCCGUAGUUCAGGACCGGCUGAACGAGUACUGGGACCAGGCGCUAGCGCUGCAGGCGCUGUACCCCGACGCAGUCUACAUCAACGCCGAGCAGGACCCCCACUCUGUGUUUGAGGCCCUGGAGAGCCGGCUGGUGGGACAGCUCCCCAAGCGCCCGUCAUCCAGAGCACAGUGCUGAUAGAGAACGCAGGGGAGAACGCACACAGAAUACACACGCACA